AUGGAGAACAUUAGGAGGAGCAAACAGAUAGCGCUAGAUUUGAUAGAGGACACCAAGGAUGCCAUAGAGGGCGGCGCGCUGAGCCCCGUCGCGAGCCAAGUGCGGUCGAGGGCAGCACAAACUGACCAGCUUGCCGGCUCCAGCCGAGAGGGGGUCACGAAGCAUGCGGAGUACGUGAAACACGGCAAGAUCACGUUCAACACGACCGCCAUCCUGCACCACUACCCCCAAUACCAGAACGGCCGCGCCGGCAACUGCUCGACACGGAAACCGCGACCAGCGAGCUCCGACCUCAACGCCAACGAUCGCGGCUCACCUACGAAGAUCGAGGGGACGAAGGUCAGCGUAGAGGUCAAGGACUCCGACAACAACAACGGCUGCGAUGGGACCAGCGACGCCGUCUCUGAGGAAAUCUCAAAGAGACCCGUGAAAUUCGCCGAAGAGAAACUCGUA